AUGUCUUCUUCCGACACAGGCUAUGCUGGAGAUCAGGAGGAGGCCUGCACCAGCAACAAAGAAGCAAGUCUUGCAACAGACAAAAAACCUAACACAAAAGGCACAGGAAACUCUGGUUUUGAGAGAGCACUUGCCCAGAGAGCGCUCUUUCGAUCAUAUAAUCACAGGGUGAAGGGGAGAAAAUUUGCCAACAAUAUUGCCAGGACGUUGCCAGGUAGGCUAAGCAAGGUAUCCUUGGCAGACGAUUCAGCAGACCGAUAA